CCAUCUCCCUCAACCCCACCGCCGACAUGAGCACCUCCCAGCACAAGCAGGACGAAGAGCAGUCCAUCCCCCUCAACUCGAUGCCUCGCGCGUCCGAUGUUGAGAACGACCUCACCCAUGGCGAGCAUGUCGACAUCAAAGUCUCUGAGCCCCGGACAAACACCAAUGCUCCCAAGAAGAUCACCAUUCCAGGAUUCAUCAUUAUCCCUAUCUGGAUGGCCUGCUCUAUCAGUGUUAUCUUGUACAACAAAUAUGUCUUCUCAAGCCUCAACUUCCCUUACCCCACCUUUCUCACCACCUUCCACUUGACUUUCUCUGCCAUUGCUACCCGAGUGCUGCAACGCACAACGACCCUUGUGGAUGGUGCCAAGGACAUUGAGAUGACUAGAGAUCGAUGGAUUAAAUCUAUUCUCCCUAUCGGUGCCCUUUUCUCCGGGUCCCUGAUUCUGUCCAACUACGCGUACCUUACGCUUUCGGUCUCUUUCAUUCAGAUGCUCAAGGCGUUCAACCCUGUUGCCAUCCUCUUGAUUUCUUUUGCUUUCAAGAUUCAAGAGCCCAACGGCAGGUUGAUCAUCAUCGUCUUGAUGAUUUCCAUGGGUUGUUUCCUUGCUGCUUACGGCGAAGUCCACUUUGAGCUCACCGGCUUCCUCUGCCAAUGUGCCGCUCUUGCCUUUGAGGCUUCUCGACUCGUCAUGAUCCAGAUCCUUCUCCACGGCCUCAAGAUGGACCCCAUUGUGUCUUUGCACUACUACGCCCCUGUCUGUGCGGUCAUCAACGUCUGUAUCAUCCCCUUCACUGAGGGGCUUGAGCCUUUCUACAACUUGCACAGGGUUGGCCUCUUGGUGCUGUUCAGCAACGCUGGUAUCGCUUUCGCUCUUAACGUUGCCGCCGUUUUCCUCAUCUCUGUCGGAUCCGGUCUCAUCCUCACCCUCGCUGGUGUCCUCAAGGACAUCCUCCUCAUCUCCGGCGCGUUCCUCGCUUUCGGGUCCCCCAUCAUGCCUCUCCAGGUCCUUGGGUACUCGAUCUCUUUGGGCGGCUUGGUGAUGUUCAAGACCACCGGUGGAAAGUAAGAAGAGUUGAGAUGUAGUGGGAUGUUCAUGUUGAAGAGAAAGUGAGAGAUAGAUGUGUAUGUUGUUCUAGCCCAUAUAUGGGCGGGCGAUAGAAUAGGAAUGAGGCGCGUAGAUUAAGGAGGAGCGGGAGAACAUCGUCCAACAAACCGUGUAGCCGUAUGAUGUCGAGAUUUCAUCUGCGUGAGGACCGAUCAAAAUAUAGACUUUCUUUUCCUUCGCUUGCAGUUAUCUCUCGACCUUUUUCUUAGUCAUUUCCUUUCUAAUUUUGCCCUCUAUUGAUAUAUUGAGAUGUAUAGGGGCGAAAAGUUGAUAUCAUCAAA